CUACGCCGCACUGAAAACAAAACACUGUCGUUUUGAUAACCGCAUGACACUAUCCAGUAUCCAAGUUCCAAGCUUGAAACUUGAAUGCUUUUUGGCGCACCCAGUGGAAUCAUAGGCUCAUAGCAUGAACAAGAGGAAGAGAGAAGAAGAAGAAGAAGAAGAAGGAAUCAGAAUGGGAACGGAUAUCGUGUGGCAAACCCCAGCGAAUCCCCCGCACCCUCACGACUACAUCUUCCGAAACGGAAUUCGAUAUGUUAAACCUUACUACUUCGAAUUCAUAGCUCAUGUUAAGAAUCGAUGGGCAGGGAAAACUAUUGUGGAUUUAUUCGCCCAAGAGUUCAAGGGUCGACCUUAUGAAUAUUAUGUUAGUGCAGUGAAAUGUGGAAGGAUUCAAGUUGAUGGUGAGAGGGUACCAGUUUCAUACAUAGUUAAAUCAUCACAGAAGAUUAGCCAUUUCGUACACAGGCAUGAACCGCCUGUGAUGGCUUGUGAGGUUCCAAUUCUCCAAAAAGAACUAGACGUGCUGACUGUUUGUAAACCUGCAUCUGUCCCUGUUCAUCCAUGUGGUCAAUAUCGUAAGAACACUGUUGUUGGCAUCCUUCAAGCUGAGCAUGGGCUGGCACCUGUAUUUCCUGUUCAUCGACUAGAUCGCCUUGUGUCAGGACUUCUUAUUUUAGCCAGAAAUGCUUCAAAAGCUGACAUUUUUAGGCAGCAGAUUGAAGGUGGCUUAGUCCGGAAAAAGUAUAUAGCAAGAGUAGUUGGAGAAUUUCCCAAGGAUGAGCUAGUUGUUGAUGCCAAUAUAGACUAUAAUGCUCGGGAAGGGAGGAGCACAGCGGAGGUCAGAGACUCUGCAAAGGGCAAGGCAGCCUCUACAAAAUUUACUCGGAUUUCUUCUAAUGGUGCUCAGAGUAUUGUUUUAUGUGAACCAAUCACUGGUCGUACUCAUCAGAUUCGUGUUCAUUUAAAGCAUUCGGGACACCCAAUAGCCAAUGACAUGCUGUACAUAUCAGAUGAAACUGUCAAUCGAUCAAGUAAAGGUUCAAGUGCUGAUAGAUCAGCUUGCACAUCUGCCACUGCUCUAACAUCAAGUAUUGAGGAAAAAGUCGUCAAUGAUUGUGAAGAGAAGUCCAAUGUGGGUUUUAGCAUUGAUCCCAUGUGUACAAACUGUCCAAAUUUGGCACCAAAAGGAUAUGAUACCGACGAAGAAGGUCUAUGGUUACAUUGUAUUCAGUACUCUGGCCCUGAUUGGACAUAUGAAUGCCCAUAUCCUGAUUGGGCCAAACUCACUCAGACAAUUUAACUACAUUUUUCAUUGACACAAUUUCACAUCAUUUUGAAUGUUGCACAUUGUUCUAGUUCUGCAGGGUCAGUGCACAUGUUCUUUAAUCUUUCCUGUUCAUAGGAGAAGAGAAUGUGUAUUGUUCAUAAACUGUUUGAGGCUUUAUUUGGCUAAUGAGAUAGAAAGGGAAAUUUGUAUUGAAAUAUGAAAAUGUCUUGAUUAUUCAUUAUUCAUUAAUUUGAGUUCUAGUUAGCAAAACUCAUCAUUGUACUAAUUGUUUUAGAUUUUUUCUUGGGUAUAGAGUGUAGUAGAAGAAACAUAUGAUGAUGCUGUCCAUUUGAAGAUGAACA